UCUAGGGUGAUCUUCAUAGAAACUACUAAAGACUUCAAAGAAUUCAUUUUAGGCAAAAUAAGUCAAAUAAGUUGUUCUGAUAAAGUAAAAUGGAUCCUUGUUCAGUUGGAGUUCAGCUUCAAGCUACCAAUGAAUGCCAUAAGACCUAUUAUACCCGUCACACUGGCUUCAAGACUAAGCAAGAUGUAUCUUCGUCUGAUCUACUGUUACUUCAGCUUAGAACUGGAAUAACUCUUUCAGAGAACAAUACAAUCUGCUUCCACCAUGCAAAAAUUUACAUUGAAAGAUUUGAAGACUUACAAAAAUCAUGUUGUGAUCCCUUUAAUAUACACAGAAAACUAUCAAAGAAAAACUUACGAGCAAUUGACUUAGAUGAUGCAGCUUUUCUAAGUGCCAAGUUUGGAAGACAGUUUGUACCUGGUUGGAAGCUUUGUCCCAAAUGUAUGCAGAUAAUAAAUGGAAGCGUGGAUGUUGAGUCCGAAGAUCGCCAAAGAAGAAAACUUGAUUCAGACGGGCGUACAGCUAAGGCUUUAAAGUCUCUACAGUUUGCUAAUCCAGGACGACAGACUGAAUUCACUCCUGAGACCAGUAAGAGGGAAAAAAGGCGGCUGCAAACAAAAAAUGCAUCAUUUAAUUCAGACAGGCAAGUUAUACCAGCCAAGAGUAAAGUCUACGAUAGCCAGGGACUACUGCUUUACAGUGGGAUGGACCUCUGUGACUGUCUUGAUGAAGAUUGUCUGGGAUGUUUCUAUGCUUGCCCCAAGUGUGGCUCCAACAAGUGCGGAGCUGAAUGUCGCUGUGACCGCAAGUGGCUGUAUGAGCAAAUUGAGAUAGAAGGAGGAGAAAUAAUUAGAAAUAAGCAUGUUGGUUAGUGUAUAUGCACGUUAUUUAUCCCAAGUAUGUAUAUAUAUUCUGUGCUUUGAAUAAACACCGCACAUUCAUCAUUUAGUGGUUUAAUGAAAGCCAUUAGAAUUUAUCAUAAUCCACAUGAUUAAUGUGCUUACUUUCACAUUCAUUUUCCGU